AGUUUUUAGACAUUUGACAAAAAAGAUGGCAGCGAUUGCCGUCUGCUGUCUUAUGGAUAUAUUGCGAAAAUGGCGCAUUAUGUGAUAUUUUUCACAAAUUUUAUCAAUUAUAAGUGAAAAUUUGUGUAGUGCUCCUAUGUGAUGUUGUGUUAUUUUACAUAAAUGACAGUGUUACUCGUGUGAUAUUAAGACUACGACAUUCUUUGGGAUAUUGGAUUACACAUAAAAUAAAGACAAAAUGGUGGUGGGUGAGAGCAAGCGUACCGCGAACAUUAUGGACGGUAUUGAGAACACGGGGGACGUCCGCCUCCACGAUCACCGACUCCGUCUCAAACAGAGAUUUGAUAUAGUCAGAAAGCUAGGUCAAGGAACGUAUGGAAAAGUACAGCUCGGUAUCAACAAGAAAACAGGACAGGAGGUGGCGAUCAAGACGAUUAAAAAAUGUAAAAUUGAAACUGAGGCAGAUCUUAUUCGUAUCAGGCGAGAAGUUCAGAUCAUGUCUUCCGUCAGACAUCCGAACAUAGUUCAUAUUUAUGAAGUAUUUGAAAAUAGCGAGAAGAUGAUUCUUGUGAUGGAGUAUUGCUCUGGCGGUGAACUGUACGACUACCUCAGCCAGAAGAAAGUAUUAGAAGAGGACGAAGCCAGAAGGUUGUUUCGACAGAUUGCGACCGCUGUUUAUUAUUGCCAUAUACAUAAAAUAUGCCAUAGAGAUUUAAAAUUAGAAAACGUGUUACUCGACGAUACUGGUAGUGCUAAGAUAGCUGAUUUUGGCCUUUCAAACGUUUUUAAAGAAACUUCUUUACUAUCAACAUUUUGUGGGUCACCCCUAUAUGCUUCGCCUGAAAUAGUUAAAGGAACACCUUACAUAGGACCUGAGGUGGAUUGUUGGUCAUUGGGAGUCCUACUUUACACUCUAGUCUACGGGGCUAUGCCGUUUGAUGGAUCAAACUUUAAGCGUCUCGUCCGACAGAUCAGUAAUGGCGAUUAUUAUGAACCUAAAAGUCCAUCAACGGCAUCACCCCUGAUACGUGAUAUGUUGACCGUGGAUCCUUUGAAAAGAGCGGACAUCGCAUACAUAUGUGAUCAUCCGUGGGUGAACACGGGCUGCGAGGCGUCGUGCCUGGAGGUGGCGGAGGCGCUGGCGGCGCAGACGCCCGUGCGCCUGGACCUGCUGCUGUCGCUGGCGCCCGCCGCGCCCUCCAGCUGCAACAGCGUGCUCGUGCCCGCGCAGGCUGACUUAGGACCGGAGGAGAGUUGUACAGAUCUCACAAGUUCCACGUCGAUGGCCGUCGAGCCGAGCAAUUCCGCCGAGAAGAGGAUCUUGGAGCUUGUAGCCGAGGGCGGCGAGGACGCCAUCAAGCCGUCCCCGACGCGCACGCUCGUGAGCGCCGCCGACAACAAGCGCAAGCUGGACGCCGCCGCCAGCGCCUCCUGCCUGCGGAAGAAGGAGCGCGUGGCCAGUUGUGCAAGUAUGGCACCACUAUCUCCUGCCUUACCUGAAGAAGAUGCUAAAUCAGAUUCUCCGCCUCCGGAGCAAACGUCUGAAGAUUCGAUACAGCCCACACAGCCUUCAUUAAAGUCUUCGGCGACGAUGACGAUAUCUCCGGCGCCCGCGCCACCGGUCAAGGAACAAACCGAAGUUUCAGAAAAUACACCAGAGGAACUCAAAGACAAACCUAGACUUGUAAUCAAGAAGAAAGUGUCGCCACCAAAGAGUGGCGAGAAAUCAGAAAAAUUAGAGGAGACAAAGGAUGCAACAAAAACAAAUGCAGUAUCGUCAGCGGCGGAAAAGUUGACGUCGCUGUCCCUCGCGCCGCCGACACCUGCGCCUGCGCCGGCGCCGGCUAAACCUAAAAAACUCUCUAUACCAGGCCAUGUCGGUAGCUUCAAAGAACAGUUCGAGAGACGAGCCUCUCUCACUGCUGCCCCCGAGAUCAAGCGAAAUGUUUCUAAGCCAGUCGUGUCAAAGCUCGCCAAGCCGAAGGCUCAGAGCGAGGAUCGCGAACUGACGAGCAAGUCGCCCGACAACGGCACCGUGCGACUGCAACAGAUAGGCAUCGAGCCCUCACCGGUGGCGAGUGCGGGCGCGGGCCGCGGCGGCGUGAAGAAGACGGAGAGCGAGCCGUCGCACUCCAGCGCGGUCGUCGACCCCAGCGAGCUGCUGCAGGACGCGCGCCGGAGCCUGCAGAACUCGAUGGCAAAACUGGCAGAGGAGCGCGCGGGCGAGGACAGCCGCCGUCGCGCUGCCAGAGACAUUAUCUCCUCCGCUAUACGCACAGGCAAGCCGCCAGUCCCGUACGGGCGCUCGUCCUCGGCGGGCGUGGCGACGCUGCUGUCGCCGCCCGGCACGCCCGGCUCGCCCGCGCCUGCGCAGUCGCCGCGAGUGUUCCGCACAGAGGCGCUGCAUCGCGUCGAGGAUCAUCGCAAUAGAGGCGUGUCCGUGGAGCGCAUCAUCCCCAUCACGAUGUCGGGCGAGGAGCCACCGGCGCGCGCCGCGUCGGCCACGCCCACGUCGCCCGCCACGUCCCCGCCCGCCUCGCUCACUUCACUCGUGUCGCCAAUGUCGCCAGCGGGUUCGCGCGCCACGCCGUUACGACGACUGGCGUCGGUGGAGUCGACGGGCGAGGCCGCGUCGCCGUCGUCGGGCGAGCCGAUCAAGAAGUCUGCCCGCGAGUUCAUCAUCCCCAUCGCGGUGGAGGGCAAGGGCUACGUGACGCCGCGCCAGCGCAGCCUCGAGCCCGACGCGCUGCCCGCGCGCCUCGCCCGCGCCGCGCCGCGCCCGCGCCGCAUCAGCAGUCUAGUCAGUGGUGGUGAAUCAGAAGAAGAAGAUGAUACUCAUAUGCAUAGAUUAAGAUCUACCCGAGCUGCGCGCGCGGAGUCCGUGAGCUCCGGCGAAGAAGACGAAGAAGACGAGGGCUUCCAUCUACUCACCGCUGAGAAUCUCUUCUCCACUCUAUUACACAGAGUGCGUGCGCUGACGCAGCGCCUCAACGGCGAGGAGGGCCCCGGCUUCCAGCACCCGCAUUCGCUCUUCAACAACCUGCAGUCGCCUUUCUUCAACAGGCGCGAGGGCUGGGGCUCGCGCGACCUGCACGCGCCCUUCGACUCCAUGUUCGGCAAGCGGCCGGCGCCCCGAGGUAGUAGUAAGAAAACCGCCAAGCACCAAACGCGAGCUUCGCCGAAUUCGGAGGCUCGCGUCCCCGACGGACUGGAUCUGUCAGACCUGGACUUGAGUUCGAUAGAGUUCUCGGAGCGCGAGAUGCGGGCGCUGUCGGGGCUGACGCCGGCGCUGUCGCGGCGCUUGCAGCGCCAGCUGCUCGCGCACCUGCCGCCGCGCGCCGCCGCGCGCCUGCGCCGCACGCUGUCGCUGCACGCCGCGCCGCCCGCGCCCGGCGCCGCGCACGACCCCGCCCGCAGCCGCUCCGCGACCACGGCGCUCGAGAGAGCCCCGGACUCCGGCGACCCGAAGCCGGAGGAGCCCCGAGUUCGGCCCGACGAUCCGCCCGUCGAUAACGAUAACGUCCCGGAAAAAUCUCUAGACGAACCUUCCGGGCAGCCUCCCGAGCCGUCUGCGGCCGAAAAGCAAAAACUCGAUCGCGACACCGUCGAAUUUUCCGCAUCACAGUUUUGCACCUUACCUCGUCUCAGACGACGUAAAUCUCAGUCGCGAGAACCGGAACCGCCACCUUCUAGUACGGAAUCCGGGAUAGGGAAUGCCUCGAAAUUAGAAUCUUUAAUUAAGGAUUCCGAUAGUUCUAAAACAGAAAACGUGCAGCGUUUUCAGGAGCGCCCAUUAUUAAGUAAAUAUUUAGCACCUGAAAAAUAUAAUUCUUUGGACGAGACGUCUUAUUUAUCAGAAGGUAGUAUAUUGUCAGAACCUAGUUAUAUUGCAGCGUAUGGAUCGCCUGCGAUGCUUAAUACUCCAGUGCCAUCUUUUAGACAUCAUUCUCUACGAUUAAGUGGAGAUCAAUCGAAAAAACGUAUUUCUAGAUUCCUACGUUCAGAUUUCUUUGAUACUCCUCCAGAUGAGAGUUUAUAUGCUAAACAUAAAAAAGAAAAGGAACUAGAAACUCAGAAAAUCUUGAAAGAAAUUAGAGAAAAGAAAAAUAAAUCGUUAAACACAAAUGCGAAAAGUCCGAUCGAAACGAAUGAUUUACAAUUUAUGUCUAAAGAUGAAAGCUCUAGAAAAUGUUUAUCCCCAAUAACUAAUUCAAUAUUAAAAGAUCGAAGCAGAUCGAAUACACCAUUUUUCCCGAUUUUAGAUAAUAUAAAGGAGACUAAUUUAGACUCUUCCGUCGUAUUGCCACAAACAAAAGAAUCAAAAGAAGAAAAUGAAAUUAAGAGUAAAACUAAUAGUAUGUAUUUAGAUUCAAAAUUAAGCAGGCCUAAGAGCUAUCCCAUCAAAAAUAUCGAAAAAUAUGAAAGCAUUAAUAAAAACGCAAUAACAGAUAGUUGUAGAAAUGAGGACAACGAAGUAGAAGAUAAAAAAGCUGGAAGGGAAUCGAAAUUGAUUCGACCAAAGAGCUAUCCUACAAGCAACCCUUCUCCAGAAAAAGUUUAUACUAAUCGUAAUAAUACAAAAGAAGAAUUUAAAUCUUCAAAAGAGACCGACUUAGAGAAUAAGACAGAUAUAGAAGUUAGUUUUAGCAUAACUUUACCUAAAAAGCCAAAAUCUACAAUAGAAUCCCAGUCGAAACAGGGAUCAUUAUGUUCAAAAUUAGAAAAUAAAAUAGAUAGUGACUCGACUUUAACUUUAAAAAAAUAUAAAGUCAUAAAUUCAAAGGACAAAAAUGAAAAAGUGGAAACCCCUGAUGUACAAACAGAUAAUAAUACUGAGUUGAAAAAUAUCAAAAAUGGUAUCAUAAAAGACGAUGUUAAGCCAAUUUCAACAGAAAACCAAACAAAUGACAAAAAAGGUGUAAUUAAGAAAAAAGUUAUUAAAAAAGUUUCGUCAAAAUCCAAAACUGAUAUUAAUGUUGUGAAUGCCAAUGAAUCUAAAGGUUCAGGAGAUAAAAAGAAGGCGAUAAAAAAAGUAAAAGAAAAAGAUAAAAAUACAGACGAUAAUACACCAAGUGUUCCCAAAAAGAAAUCAGUCUUACAAUCAAUUGGACAUAAAUUAGAAAAAUUAGCAUCGUCUAAGUCAAAUUCGCCUGAAAAAGUUUCUAAUAAUAGCACACCGUUGAAUAAUAAAAACGAUUCAUCUUUGAAGCAAAAUCGAAAUCAACGUGAACAUUCGGUCCCAGCUAACAUCGAAACAAUUUCAGAAUCAAACUUGAUUAAAAGAGCUGUUACUAUAACUGACGUUGCUGCCUUGGAAAAUUCAAAUAAUGACCUGAAUAAAACGACUGUUUCAAAAGUUUUAGGUUUAUUCAAAAGAUUUGAACCAAAAGAAAAAAACACCAAGACCAAUUUAGAAAAAAAUACUAAAGAAAGUGUUAACAAUAGCAAUGACUAUUUAAGUAAAAAGGAAAAUACAUAUUUGAAUGACUUGCAAGAUAAACCGAAACGGCCAAAUUCUUUAUUGUUAAAUGGAUUAGGACGUAAAAAUAAAUUUAACAGGUCAUCGAGCGAAGAUGACACAGUAACAAAUAUAGAAAAUAGUGAACGCCAAGUACUUAAAAAAGAAACUGAUUCCAAGCCUAAUUUAAAAUUAGAUUUCUCUAGGUUGCCAAGAGUUAAAAAAAUAGUUCCUACGAAUUCUGUGAUAGAACCACAAAUAAUGAGUUUUUCUAAUGAUGAAAAAUAUUUCGAUAAAAGUGAUGUGUUGGAAAAAAACGAAUCAAGUUUGAAUAUUGAAAAUAAAGACUCUUCUGAUACGAAGAAGCGAAGUCGGUCUCGAAGUAGGUCUAUAUAUUCUAAUUCUGAUAUUAAGUCUGAAACAAGUCCAGAUAUUAAAGAAAAACAUUCAUCACAUGAUGGCUCACUUCACCUAUCUUAUCGAAAUCAUGAAUCAAUAAGUCCAGAAAAGGAGGACAUAGUUGAUAGGAUUAGAAGAAAAAGCUUUUACUCCCGAUUUAAUGAGAAAAAACAAAGAAGAAAAAGCAGUUUAGUUGGUCCUGGAGCUACAGAAUACGAUCCGUUAGCGCGAAUCCAUUCCCAUGCAACAGAAUCAAAGUAUGACGUGUCUCCGACUUCUCCAGGAAGCUAUGACCUUUCACCCGGUUUAUCUGUUGGAUCCGAUUUAUCACCGUCCACGGAACGUUACCGGUCCAUACUUAACGAUCUGCCCAUCACUACAAGAACUAACUUAAAGUACGAUGGAAUCAAUGACAAAAUUGAUAUGUAUAGAUCAUUGGACAGAAAGUAUUCAGGAAUUAGGUCAUAUCUAGAUUAUGAUCAACCUUCAUCUUAUAAUUCUAAUAGAUAUUCGAGAACAAAAUCGUUGUUUGAAGGCAGUGAUCUGUCAGAAGAUCAGUCAUACGGUCUUCCAAGAGAGUCACACAAAUAUAAUCGAACUAGUUCACUAUUCUCCCCGGGUAGUUAUGCAACAUAUAGGCCAAAAAGAACGAGAAACUCUGCUAUAAUACUGAAAGAAAGCGAAAAAGAACCGAGUCCAGAAAAUAUAUUAGACAAAAUAAGACAAAGAAAAAUUUCGAUCAGUGUUACCAGAAAACCUGACCAUGAAAAGGAAUCAGUACCGAGAUCCAAUGUCACACCUAAAAGCGAAGGCGACGGUUCAGAACGCUCUGCGAAAAUUGACUGAGAGCCGCUAUUGACGAGAAUAUCGACGACGAAGUUUCAUUUAAUACGCAUUUUUGAUAAGGAGUUUUAUUUUCAGAUUACACUUUAAAACUACGUUUCCCUAAUCUUAGCUAUACAUCAUAUACACCUACUAUUUUUCCGUUUAUGUGGGAAUAGUAAAUAGUGACUGCGUAUUUUUCUUGCCAAUAAUUUAGCAUAUCUUACCUUAAAAAUCGUGUUUACGAAUAAGAAUCUCUAAACAAUUUACACUAAAUCCCAAAAGAAAUAACUAUCGAUUCAAAAUCAUUUCUACAACUAAAUAUAAUGACUAUGUUAUUUAUUUAAAAAGGAUCUUUCUUAAGUAUAUACAACUUUAAUGAUAUUUUGCAAUAAUUAAUUUUUUAGAAACUUUAUUGUGAAUUGAUCUUAUGUGCCUUUAUAACAUAAGCAACCGGAUUUGAAAGUAAAGUUUGAUGAAAAGAAAAUGACACGAGUUUUAGUGUUUUUGCACAGUUUUACUCAGUAUGUUUAAUUUAAUUUUUUAGAUAAUAUUGAUUGUUGACAACUUAGUAAGCUCGUAAGUUUAAAUGUUUAUUAUAACCAUAUAGUAUUGACUGCUUAGUCGAGUCGCAACAGUAAUCGAAUAGAAUGGUGCUUAGUUGAAGGUUUUCUUAGAAGUAAUUAAUAUUUAUAGAAAAAGUUACAACUUACAUCGUGUAGGUUACAAACAUAUGUUUUCGAAUAUAAAGAAUCUAUUUUGUUAAAAUGAAACGGAAAUAUUUAAAAUGAAAUAGUUAUUAUUGUUCAUUUGUUGCCAUUUGCACAUAUUGUCAGUGAAAAACUAGUCUCAGUGAGGUGGCUGCACCGUCUCUAUAGCGACAUUUUAAUGUUACUCAAUCUAUAAUUACUACUUCGUCAUUAUUUAUUUUAUCAUUUCAUUAGAAUUUUAAUAAUUAUUUAUUAGUGUGGUGAUUAAUAAUAUUUUAUCGACAAUGUGAACCUUUCGAAUAUUGUAAUUGCUAUCACACACGUUUUGUAUUGAAUGUGAAUAAAUUAUAUAGUUGAAAAAAAAAAA